AUGCCUGGCGAAGAUAAGGACGGACCCAGAGCCGCCUCCCAGGGCCGGCAUAGGCGGCUACCCGGACGCAGUCCCUGCACAAGUGGUGAAGGUGGCCUGCCGCUUCGGAUCAUCCUGCUAUCAGGUAAGUCCCGAGCACUGCGACCGCUUCGCCCACCCCGGGGACCAGGAGUAUCGAUGCGGGGAGGUUGUUUUCGAUUCUGGCGGCCCUCACUUAGAAACGCUGUGGGACGUUUUCACCUACUUCGACUCUCGCUCCUCAGGCUGCUGCGAGACUCGCCACGGCGUGUGGAGGACAUGGCCGCCGAGUGGGCGGCUGCAGGUGGCGUGCAGCGUGGGCACGUCAGCUUCGUCCGCUUCGCCACCUGGGCCAGCCGUCAAGGUGCCAACCUGGCAGUAGGCCUCGAGGUGAAGCCUGGGUCCGCGCGUCGCUGCCGAGCCAGGGUGUCCGGACAAGCUUGCAAGUGCAAGACCUUCGUCGCGGGAGCCGGGGUCGCCUGUGCCUCUUGUGGGCACGCAGAGCGUGUCCACUGGUCGGACUCCUCUCGCCAAGGCCUGGCGGCACUCCUACUUUCCUGCCGCCCUUCCCACUGGACCCCUGGCGCCACGGGGCUCGUGAAGUUGAUGGAUCCCGUUCUCCUGGACAAGCUGAACUGUCUGCUCACGCGCACACACAAAGAGGGAGACAACUGGACCCGUGACCGCGGCUGCGCAUUGCACGGAGUCAACGCCUGCGAGUCUGCCUGUAUCUUCAAGAACAAGGUGGCGGUUCCUGUUGGUUACCGGCUGGCUUCGGCACAGCGGAAUCAGUCACCCCUCCACUGGGCCAGGUACAGCAUGAUGCGUGCCGCCAUUCUCAAGGAGUCGCAUGCCCGAGGGGGAUGCAAGCGCAUGGCGACUGAGAGCAGCCAGGAGCCCUUCGAUCGUCUGGACGGAGCACCCCUGGACGAACGAGUGAACGAGUGGUGGCUUUUCCAUGGAAGUUCCGAGGCUUCAUGCCUUUCCAUCUGCGAGAGGAACUUUGCCCUGGAUCUCGCUGGAUCCGGUGCAACUUGGAAAAGGUCCAGCGGAGCAGGCGCCUCGCUUUACGGGCCCGGCGUGUACUUCGCGGAGAGGAUAACGAAGGCUGACGAGUAUGCGGUCGGCAGUGCCGGGGAGAAUGGCUCCACAGUCUACACGGUCCUGCUUUGCCGCGUCGUCGCGGGAAGUCCGCGUGUCUGCACCACGAACCAGAUCGAUGCGGAGCGACUGCGAGAGGACAUCCUCGGCGGACGGCAUCACUCCGUCCUGGGAGAUAGGGUCACGGAGUUGAAGAAGCCGUUUCGCGAAAUCGUCGUCUAUGACACAGACCAGGUAUAUCCGGAGUUCCUGCUGACAUACACCCGCCGCUACUGA